AUGCCUCUUUCCAUCACCCCGCCCCAUUCUCCCUAUUUCCAUCACCCCGCCUCAUUCUCCCGCUUUCCAUCACCCCGCCCCAUUCGCCCGCUUUCCAUCACCCUGCCCCAUUUUCCCGCUUUCCAUCACCCAGCCCCCCUCUCCCGCUUUCCAUCACCCCUCCCAAUUCUCCUGCUUUCCAUCACCUCGCCCCAUUCUCCCGCUUUCCAUCACCCCGCCCCAUUCUCCCUCUUUCCUUCACCCCACCACAUUCUCCCUCCUUCCAUCACCCCGCCCCAUUGUCCCUCUUUCCAUCACCUCGCCCCAUUCUCCCUUUUUCCAUCACCCCGCCCCAUUCACCCCCUUUCCAUCACCCCGCCCCAUCCUCCCUUUUUCCAUCACCCCGCCCUAUUCUCCCUCUUUUUAUCACCCCGCCCCAUUCUCCUGCUUUCCAUCACAUCGCCCCAUUCUCCCUCUUUCCAUCACCCCACCCCAUUCUCCCUAUUUCCAUCACCCCGCCCCAUACUCCCGCUUUCCAUCACCCCGCCCCAUUCUCCCGCUUUCCAUCACCCCGCCCCAUUCUCCCGCUUUCCAUCAUCCCGCCCCAUUCUCCCUCUUUCCAUCACCCCGCCCCAUUCGCCCUCUUUCCAUCACCCCGCCCCAUUCUCCUGCUUUCCAUCACCCCGCCCCAUUCUCCCGCAUUCCAUCACCCCGGCCCAUUCUCCCUCUUUCCAUCACCCCGCCCCAUUCUCCCUCUUUCCAUCACCCUGCCCCAUUCGCCCUCUUUCCAUCACCCCGCCCCAUUCUCCCUCUUUCCAUCACCCUGCCCCAUUCUCCCUCCUUUCAUCACCCCGCCCCAUUCUCCUGCUUUCCAUCACCCAGCCCCAUUCUCCCGCUUUCCAUCACCCCGCCCCGUUCUCCCGCUUUCCUUCACCCUACUUCAUUCUCCAGCUUUCCAUCAUCCCGCCCCAUUCUCCCUCCUUCCAUCACCCAGCCCCAUUCUCCCUCUUUACAUCACCCCGCCCCAUUCUCCCUCAUUCUAUCACCCCGCCCCAUUCUCCCUCUUUCCAUCACCCAGCCCCAUUCUCCCUCUUUACAUCACCCCGCCCCAUUCUCCCUCAUUCCAUCUCCUCGCCCCAUUCUCCCUCUUUCCAUCACCCAGCCCCAUUCGCCCCCUUUCCAUCACCCUACCCCAUUCUCCCUCUUUCCAACACCCCGCCCCAUUCUCCCUCUUUCUAUCACCCCGCCCUGUUCUCCCUCUUUUCAUCACCCCGCCCCAAUCUCCCGCUUUCCAUCACCCCACCCCAAUCUCCCACUUUACAUCACCCCGCCCCGUUCUCCCGCUGCCAUCACCCCGCCCUUUUCUCACGCAUUCCAUCACCCCGCCCCAUUCUCCUGCUUUCCAUCACCCCGGCCCAUUCUCCCGCUUUCCAUCACCCCGCCCUUUCUUCCUGCUUUCCAUCACCCCGCCCCAUCUUCCCGCUUUCCAACACCCCGCCCCAUCCUCCUGCUUUCCAUCACCCCGCCCCAUUCUCCCGCUUUCAAUCACCUCGCCCCAUUUUCUGCUUUCCAUCACCUCGCCCCAUUCUCCCGCUUUCCAUCACCCCGCCCCAUUCUCCCGCUUUCCAUCAACCCGCCCCAUUCUCCCUCUUUCCUUCACCCCGCCCCAUUCUCCCUCCUUCCAUCACCCCGCCCCAUUCUCCCUCUUUCCAUCACCCUGCCCCGUUCUCCCUCCUUCCAUCACCCCGCCCCAUUCUCCCUCUUUCCAUCACCCCGCCCCAUUCGCCCCCUUUCCAUCACCCCGCCCUUUUCUCCCUCUUUUUAUCACCCCGCCCCAUUCUCCUGCUUUCCAUCACAUCACCCCUUUCUCCCUCUUUCCAUCACCCCUCCCGAUUCUCCCUAUUUCCAUCAACCCGCCCCAUUCUCCCGCUUUCCAUCACCCCGCCUCAUUCUCCCGCUUUCCAUCACCCCGCCCCAUUCUCCCGCUUUCGAUCACCCCGCCCCAUUUCCCGCUUUCCAUCACCCCGCCCCAUUCUCCCGCUUUCCAUCACCCCGCCCCACUCUCCCGCUUUCCAUCACCCCGCCCCAUCUUCCCGCUUUCCAUCACCCCGCCCCAUCUUCCCGCUUUCCAUCACCCCGCCCCAUCCUCCUGCUUUCCAUCACCCCGCCCCAUUCUCCCGCUUUCCAUCACCCCGCCCCACUCUCCCGCUUUCCAUCACCCCGCCCCAUCUUCUCGCUUUCCAUCACCCCGCCCCAUCUUCCCGCUUUCCAUCACCCCGCCCCAUCCUCCUGCUUUCCAUCACCCCGCCCCAUUCUCUGCUUUCCAUCACCUCGCCCCAUUCUCCCGCUUUCCAUCACCCCGCCCCAUUCUCCCGCUUUCCAUCACCCCGCCCCAUUCUCCCUCUUUCCUUCACCCUGCCCCAUUCUCCCUCCUUCCAUCACCCUGCCCCAUUCUCCCUCAUUCCAUCACCCUGCCCCGUUCUCCCUCCUUCCAUCACCCCGCCCCAUUCUCCCUCUUUCCAUCACCCCACCCCAUUCGCCCUCUUUCCAUCACCUCGCCCCAUUCUCCCUCUUUCCAUCACCCUGCCCCAUUCGCCCUCUUUCCAUCACCCCGCCCCAUUCUCCCUCUUUCCAUCACCUUGCCCCAUUCUCCCUCCUUUCAUCACCCCGCCCCAUUCUCCUGCUUUCCAUCACCCCGCCCCGUUCUCCCGCUUUCCAUCACCCUACUUCAUUCUCCCGCUUUCCAUCACCCCGCCCCAUUCUCCCUCUUUCCAUCACCCCACCCCAUUCUCCCUCUCUUUUCAUCACCCCGCCACAUUCUCCCUCUUUCCAUCACCUCGCCCCAUUCGCCCCCUUUCCAUCACCCCACCCCAUUCUCCCUCUUUCCAACAUCCCGCCCCAUUCUCCCUCUUUCCAUCACCCCGCCCUGUUCACCCUCUUUUCAUCAUCCCGCCCCAAUAUCCCACUUUCCAUCACCCCGCCUUGUUCUCCCGCUUUCCAUCAACCCGCCCCAUUCUCCCGCUUUCCAUCACCCCGCCCCACUCUCCCGCUUUCCAUCAACCCGUCCCAUUCUCCCGCUUUCCAUCACCCCGCCCCAUUCUCCCGCUUUCCAUCACCCCGCCCCGUUCUCCCGCUUUCCAUCACCCCGCCACAUUCUCCCCCUUUCCAUCACCCCGCCCCAUUCUCUUGCUUUCCAUCACCCCGCCCCAUUCUCCGCUUUCCAUCACCUCGCCCCAUUCUCCCGCUUUCCAUCACCCCGCCCCAUUCUCCCUCUUUCCAUCACCUGGCCCCGUUCUCCCUCCUUCCAUCACCCCGCUCCAUUCUCCCUCUUUCCAUCACCCCGCCCCAUUCGUCCCCUUUCCAUCACCCCGCCCUAUUCUCCCUCUUUUUAUCACCCCGCCCCAUUCUCCUGCUUUCCAUCUCUCACCCCAUUCUCCCUCUUUCCAUUACCCUGCCCCAUUCUCCCUAUUUCCAUCAUCCCGCCCCAUUCUCCCGCUUUCCAUCACCCCGCCUCAUUCUCCCGCUUUCCAUCACCCCGCCCCAUUCUCCCGCUUUCCAUCACCCCGCCCCAUUUUCCCGCUUUCCAUCACCCAGCCCCCCUCUCCCACUUUCCAUCACCCUGCCCUAUUCUCCCGCUUUCCAUCACCCCGCCCCAUUCUCCCGCUUUCCAUCACCCCGCCCCAUUCUCCCUCUUUCCUUCACCCCGCCACAUUCUCCCUCCUUCCAUCACCCCGCCCCAUUCUCCCUCUUUCCAUCACCCCGCCCCAUUCGCCCCCUUUCCAUCACCCAGCCCCAUUCUCCUUAUUUCAAUCACCCCACCCUAUUCUCCCUCUUUUUAUCACCCCGCCCCAUUCUCCUGCUUUCCAUCACAUCGCCCCAUUCUCCCUCUUUCCAUCACCCCGCCCCAUUCUCCCUAUUUCCAUCACCCCGCCCCAUUCUCCCACUUUCCAUCACCCCGCCUCAUUCUCCCGCUUUCCAUCACCCCGCCCUUUUAUCCCGCUUUCCAGCGCCCCGCCCCAUUUUCCGGCUUUCCAUCACCCCGCCCCAUUCUCCCGUUUUCCUUCACCCCGCCUCAUUCUUCCUUCUUCCAUCACCCCGCCCCAUUCUCCCUCUUUCCAUCACCCCGCCCCGUUCUCCCUCCUUCCAUCAUCCCGCCCCAUCCUCCCUCUUUCCAUCACCCCGCCAUAUUCGCCCUCUUUCCAUCACCCCGCCCCAUUCUCCCUCUUUCCAUCACCCCGCCCUAUUCUCCCUCUUUUCAUCACCCCGCCCCAUUCUCUUGCUUUCCAUCACCCCGCCCCAUUCUCCUGCUUUCCAUCACCCCGCCCCAUUCUCCCGCUUUCCAUCACCCCACUUCAUUCUCCCGCUUUCCAUCACCCCGCCCCAUUCUCCCUCCUUCCAUCACCCCGCCCCAUUCUCCCUCUUUCCAUCACCCCGGCCCAUUCACCCUCAUUCCAUCACCCCACCCCAUUCUCCCUCUUUCCAUCACCUCGCCCCAUUCUCCCUUUCUUUCCAUCACCCCGCCCCAUUCUCCCUCUUUCCAUCACCCCGCCCCAUUCCCCCCCUUUCCAUCACCCCGCCCCAUUCUCCCUAUUUCCAUCACCCCGCCCUAUUCUCCCUCUUUCCAUCACCCCGCCCUGUUCUCCCUCUUUUCAUCACCCCGCCCCAAUCUCCCGCUUUCCAUCAGCCCGCCCCAAUCUCCCACUUUCCAUCACCCCGCCCUAUUCUCCCUCUUUUUAUCACCCCGCCCCAUUCUCCUGCUUUCCAUCUCUCACCCCAUUCUCCCUCUUUCCAUUACCCUGCCCCAUUCUCCCUAUUUCCAUCAUCCCGCCCCAUUCUCCCGCUUUCCAUCACCCCGCCUCAUUCUCCCGCUUUCCAUCACCCCGCCCCAUUCUCCCGCUUUCCAUCACCCCGCCCCAUUUUCCCGCUUUCCAUCACCCAGCCCCCCUCUCCCACUUUCCAUCACCCUGCCCUAUUCUCCCGCUUUCCAUCACCCCGCCCCAUUCUCCCGCUUUCCAUCACCCCGCCCCAUUCUCCCUCUUUCCUUCACCCCGCCACAUUCUCCCUCCUUCCAUCACCCCGCCCCAUUCUCCCUCUUUCCAUCACCCCGCCCCAUUCGCCCCCUUUCCAUCACCCAGCCCCAUUCUCCUUAUUUCAAUCACCCCACCCUAUUCUCCCUCUUUUUAUCACCCCGCCCCAUUCUCCUGCUUUCCAUCACAUCGCCCCAUUCUCCCUCUUUCCAUCACCCCGCCCCAUUCUCCCUAUUUCCAUCACCCCGCCCCAUUCUCCCACUUUCCAUCACCCCGCCUCAUUCUCCCGCUUUCCAUCACCCCGCCCUUUUAUCCCGCUUUCCAGCGCCCCGCCCCAUUUUCCGGCUUUCCAUCACCCCGCCCCAUUCUCCCGUUUUCCUUCACCCCGCCUCAUUCUUCCUUCUUCCAUCACCCCGCCCCAUUCUCCCUCUUUCCAUCACCCCGCCCCGUUCUCCCUCCUUCCAUCAUCCCGCCCCAUCCUCCCUCUUUCCAUCACCCCGCCAUAUUCGCCCUCUUUCCAUCACCCCGCCCCAUUCUCCCUCUUUCCAUCACCCCGCCCUAUUCUCCCUCUUUUCAUCACCCCGCCCCAUUCUCUUGCUUUCCAUCACCCCGCCCCAUUCUCCUGCUUUCCAUCACCCCGCCCCAUUCUCCCGCUUUCCAUCACCCCACUUCAUUCUCCCGCUUUCCAUCACCCCGCCCCAUUCUCCCUCCUUCCAUCACCCCGCCCCAUUCUCCCUCUUUCCAUCACCCCGGCCCAUUCACCCUCAUUCCAUCACCCCGCCCCAUUCUCCCUCUUUCCAUCUCCUCGCCCCAUUCUCCCUCUCUUUCCAUCACCCCGCCCCAUUCUCCCUCUUUCCAUCACCCCGCCCCAUUCGCCCCCUUUCCAUCACCCCGCCCCAUUCUCCCUAUUUCCAUCACCCCGCCCUAUUCUCCCUCUUUCCAUCACCCCGCCCUGUUCUCCCUCUUUUCAUCACCCCGCCCCAAUCUCCCGCUUUCCAUCAGCCCGCCCCAAUCUCCCACUUUCCAUCACCCCGCCCCAUUCUCCCUCUUUCCUUCACCCCGCCACAUUCUCCCUCCUUCCAUCACCCCGCCCCAUUCUCCCUCUUUCCAUCACCCCGCCCCAUUCGCCCCCUUUCCAUCACCCAGCCCCAUUCUCCUUAUUUCAAUCACCCCACCCUAUUCUCCCUCUUUUUAUCACCCCGCCCCAUUCUCCUGCUUUCCAUCACAUCGCCCCAUUCUCCCUCUUUCCAUCACCCCGCCCCAUUCUCCCUAUUUCCAUCACCCCGCCCCAUUCUCCCACUUUCCAUCACCCCGCCUCAUUCUCCCGCUUUCCAUCACCCCGCCCUUUUAUCCCGCUUUCCAGCGCCCCGCCCCAUUUUCCGGCUUUCCAUCACCCCGCCCCAUUCUCCCGUUUUCCUUCACCCCGCCUCAUUCUUCCUUCUUCCAUCACCCCGCCCCAUUCUCCCUCUUUCCAUCACCCCGCCCCGUUCUCCAGCCUUCCAUCAUCCCGCCCCAUCCUCCCUCUUUCCAUCACCCCGCCAUAUUCGCCCUCUUUCCAUCACCCCGCCCCAUUCUCCCUCUUUCCAUCACCCCGCCCUAUUCUCCCUCUUUUCAUCACCCCGCCCCAUUCUCUUGCUUUCCAUCACCCCGCCCCAUUCUCCUGCUUUCCAUCACCCCGCCCCAUUCUCCCGCUUUCCAUCACCCCACUUCAUUCUCCCGCUUUCCAUCACCCCGCCCCAUUCUCCCUCCUUCCAUCACCCCGCCCCAUUCUCCCUCUUUCCAUCACCCCGGCCCAUUCACCCUCAUUCCAUCACCCCGCCCCAUUCUCCCUCUUUCCAUCACCUCGCCCCAUUCUCCCUCUCUUUCCAUCACCCCGCCCCAUUCUCCCUCUUUCCAUCACCCCGCCCCAUUCGCCCCCUUUCCAUCACCCCGCCCUGUUCUCCCUCUUUUCAUCACCCCGCCCCAAUCUCCCGCUUUCCAUCAGCCCGCCCCAAUCUCCCACUUUCCAUCACCCCGCCCCGUUCUCCCGCUUUCCAUCACCUCACCCCAUACUCCUGCUUUCCAUCACCUCGGCCCAUUCUCCCGCUUUCCAUCACCCCGCCCCAUUCUCCCGCUUUCCAUCACCCCGCCACCUUCUCCCCCUUUCCAUCACCCCGCCCCAUUCUCCCGCUUUCCAUCACCCCGCCCCAUCUUCCCGCUUUCCAUCACCCCGCCCCAUCUUCCUGCUUUCCAUCACCCCGCCCCAUCCUCCUGCUUUCCAUCACCCCACCCCAUUCUCCCCUUUUCUAUCACCCCGCCCCAUUCUCUGUUUUCCAUCACCUCGCCCCAUUCUCCCGCUUUCCAUCACCCUGCCCCAUUCUCCCGCUUUCCAUCACCCCGCCCCAUUCUCCCUUUUUCCUUCACCCUGCCCCAUUCUCCCUCCUUUCAUCACCCCGCCCCAUUCUCCCUCUUUCCAUCACCCUGCCCCGUUCUCCCUCCUUCCAUCACCCCGCCCCAUUCUCCCUCUUUCCAUCACCCCGCCCCAUUCGCCCCCUUUCCAUCACCCCGCUCUAUUCUCCCUCUUUUUAUCACCCCGCCCCAUUCUCCUGCUUUCCAUCACAUCACCCCAUUCUCCCUCUUUCCAUCACCCCUCCCCAUUCUUCCUAUUUCCAUCACCCCGCCCCAUUCUCCCGCUUUCCAUCACCCCGCCUCAUUCUUCCGCUUUCCAUCACCCCGCCCCAUUCUCCCGCUUUCGAUCACCCCGCCCCAUUUCCCGCUUUCCAUCACCAUGCCCCCCUCUCCCGCUUUCCAUCACCCCGCCCCAUUCUCCCGCUUUCCAUCACCCCGCUCCAUUCUCCUGCUUUCCAUCACCCCACCCCAUUCUCCCUCUUUCCCUCACCCCGCCCCAUUCUCCCUCCUUCCAUCACCCCGCCCCAUUCUCCCUCUUUCCAUCACCCCGCCCCAUUCACCCCCUUUCCAUCACCCCGCCCCAUUCUCCCUCUUUCCAUCACCUUUCCCUAUUCUACCUCUCUUUAACACCCCGCCCCAUCCUCUUGCUUUCCAUCACAUCGCCCCAUUGUUUCUCUUUCCAUCACCCCGCCCCAUUCUCCCUGUUUCCAUCACCCCGCCCCAUCUCCCGCUUUCCAUCACCCCGCCCCGUUCUCCCACUUUCUUUCACCCCGCCCCAUUCUCCCGCUUUCCAUCACCCCGCCCCAUUCUCCCGCUUUCCAUCACCCCGCCCCAUUCUCCCUCUUUCCAUCACCCCGCCCUAUUCUCCCCCUGUCCAUCACCCGGCCUCAUUCUCCCGCUUUCCAUCACCCCGCCCCAUUUUCCCGCUUUCCAUCAACCCGGCCCAUUCUCCCUCUUUCCAUCACCCCUCCCCAUUCGCCCUCUUUCCAUCACCCCACCCCAUUCGCCCUCUUUCCAUCACCCUGCCCCAUUUUCCCUCUUUCCAUCACCUCGCCCCAUUCUCCCUCUUUUCAUCACCCCGCCCCAUUCUCCUGCUUUCCAUCACCCCGCCCCAAUCUCCCGCUUUCCAUCACCCCGUCCCAUUCUCCCGCUUUCCAUCACCCCGCCCCAUUCUCCCGCUUUCCAUCACCCCGCCCCAUUUUCCCGCUUUCCAUCAACCCGGCCCAUUCUCCCUCUUUCCAUCACCCCUCCCCAUUCGCCCUCUUUCCAUCACCCCACCCCAUUCGCCCUCUUUCCAUCACCCUGCCCCAUUUUCCCUCUUUCCAUCACCUCGCCCCAUUCUCCCUCUUUUCAUCACCCCGCCCCAUUCUCCCGCUUUCCAUCACCCCACCCCAUUCUCCCUCUUUCCAUCACCCCGCCCCAUUCUCCCGCUUUCCAUCACCCCGUCCCAUUCUCCCGCUUUCCAUCACCCCGCCCCAUUCUCCUGCUUUCCAUCACCCCGCCCCAUUCUCCCGCUUUCCAUCACCCCGCCCCAUUCUCCCGCUUUCCAUCACCCCACCCCAUUCUCCCUCUUUCCAUCACCCCGCCCCAUUCUCCCGCUUUCCAUCACCCCGCCCCAUUCUCCCUCUUUCCAUCACCCGUCCCCAUUCUCCCUCUUUCCAUCACCCCGCCCCAUUCACCCGCUUUCCAUCACCCAGCCCCAGUCUCCCGCUUUCCAUCAGCCCGCCUCUUUCCCCCUUUUCCAUCACCCCUUCCCAUUCUCCCGCUUUCCAUCACCCCGCCUGCUCGUGUUGGUGCUGUGGUGGCUCGCUGGCUUGUCGCUGCCGCUCCAUAUUGCACCAAGUUUAAGCACGCUUGCACUCAGAUGCUCGUGUGUCAGAUGCUCGUGUGUGGUUGUCUCGUUGUGCGCGCUGCGAGUAAUCGCCCCUCCCCUGUCGUCAUCACCGCACGCCUUUCGUUUCUCCAUGGACGAGAGAAGCAGAUCAUUCACCUUGCCGCAGUUCGCCCCAUUUGCCCUCUCCCCAUCUACCCUUCCCAUCUCCUGUUCCUAUUUCCCCUCCCCAUCUUCCCUCCCCAUCUCCCUCCCUAUCUCUCGCACCCUACUCAGAUCCCGGGGUGGAGCGGCCUCGCCAACGCAUGCGCCACCAUCUUUGGGGACCACUACCCCCUGCCGCCCAGCCAGCAGGCUGGGUACGGCUCUUCCCUCGCGGGGGGUUCUUGUGGGCAGGGAAGAGAGGGAAUAUUAGACCAAAUCACCCCUUCCCCUCCCCCUCCCUUCCCCGUUUUUCCCGCCCAUAUGCCACCAAUCCUCCUCACUCCCACUGCACCACCCUUGCAUGCUCCAUGCAGCUCUUCCCUACCUCCGCGCUCCCACGCUCUCUGUCCCACCUCCAUUGCUCCCACCUCCACCACCCACAUUGACCUAGGUGCUGAUGCCGUAGCUGCUCCACUCGCUCCCCUGACUGCGUUGCUGUCGGCCCAAACCCAUCCGACCCGUUCGUUGCACUGCCUGCUCACCUGCCCCCACCUCCUCUCAUACUCUCUUUGCAAAAACACGGACGAGGCGCGGGCGAGGGACGGACUGACAAGGCACCUCCUUGCUCACCUCCUCCGUGCCGGCGGAGGAGCGCCUGUCUUUGGAGGCGCCUCAAAAGGCGGCGACGGUGCUGGCAUACUCGUGGCACUGCCCUCCUCCGCGUUGGAUGAGGAACGAGCCGCCACCCGUGCUGCCCACCACGUGAGAUGCACGAGGCUGAAGGGCGGAGUGGACAAAAUGGCGGAGUUUGCAGCUUAG